AGCUAUAUGAACAUGAUAAAGCCAACGUCCGCCAAGUCAACCCUGAUAUAGUUAAACCUGCUCUUGAACUGAUCGAAUGACUACUUUUCAUGAAAAUUAUGAUGUAUUUGAGGAGCUUGGAAAGGGGUCGUUCAGUGUAGUUAAACGCUGUGCUCACAAAGUGACCAAAGCAGAGUACGCAGUUAAGAUUGCUCAUGUCAGCUACGCUAACGAAAAAGGUAAUGAAAAAGCCAUUAGAAGGAUAGAGAGAGAGGAGCGGAUUUGCAGGAAACUGAACCAUCUGAACAUAGUUCAACUUCACAAUGUGUACACUGAACGGGAAACUAGGUAUCUGAUAUUUGAUCUUGUGACUGGAGGGGAAUUGUUUGAAGAGAUCUGCAACAGAAAGUACUUUUCUGAGGCUGACGCUAGUGUGUGCAUGCAGCAGAUCUUGGAGAGUGUACAGUAUUGUCACAGUAUGAACGUAGUUCACAGAGACAUCAAACCUGAGAAUCUUCUUCUCUCCUCUAAAAACAAGGACGCUAAGAUUAAACUCGCAGAUUUCGGGCUCUCCGUGGAGGUCUCCAAUGAGAAGACCUACUGGUUCGGGUUUGCUGGGACUCCAGGAUAUCUGGCUCCAGAGGUUAUUAAGAAGAAUCCUUACGGGAAAAGAGUCGACCUUUGGGCCUGUGGUGUGGUACUCUACAUUUUGCUGGCGGGAUAUCCUCCAUUCUGGGACGAAGACAAGUACAAAAUGUACGAACAAAUAGUGCACGGAGACUACGAUUAUCCGUCUCCAGAAUGGGAUCCUGUAACUAGCGAAGCUAAGAAUUUGAUCGAUAGUUUGCUGUCAGUGGACCCAGAGAAACGUUUUUCAGCAUCGGACGCUCUGAAACAUCCUUGGAUAGCUAAUAGAGACAGAGUAGCGUCCAAACUUCACAGACAACAAACAAUAGACGGUCUGAAGAAAUUCAACGCUCGAAGAAAAUUAAAGGGAGCAAUACUGACUACGGUCCUGGCAACUAACUCUCUGGCAGGGAUAUUCACUAAGAAGCCUAAAGAUGCUGGAGACAUUAUAACAGAUCUCAUCGCAGAACAACCUAUCAGUUUACCAGGUUCGUUUGCGGGAGAAGAUAGCCCGGAAGCAGCUGAGAUACAACACCUCACACAACAGUUGUUAGACUACGAGGUUAAGAGAGACUGGAUCAAUUACUCGAAGCUGUGUCACCCUAGUAUAACAGGGUUUGAGCCGCAAGGCCACGGUCACAUGAUCAAAGGCUUGGAGUUCCAGCGCUUUUAUUUUGAAACUACGACUACUUCACCUCACAAGACCCUCAUAAUGGAUCCACAAGUCACGAUGCUGAGCCCCGAGUCUGCUGUUAUCGCCUACGUUAGGAUAUGCCAGAAAGCUGAUACUUCGACCAAUACAAUCUACUCAAUACACUCUAACGAAAGCAGAGUUUGGAAACGAAUAGGAGAGACAUGGCUCAACAUUCACUACCAUAAAUCUAACACUACCAAAGUAGCGACACCGUAACACUUCCAACACUUAGUGACUCUUAGUGACUCUUAGUGACUCUUAGUGACUCUUAGUGAUUCUUAGUGACUCUUAGUGAUUCUUAGUGACACUGAGUGACACUUAGUACCACUUAGUGACUCUUAGUGACACUUAGUGACACUUAGUGACACUUAGUGACACUGAGUGACUCUUAGUGACUCUUAGCUUCUUAGUGACUCUUAGUAACUCUUACGAACACGCAUCAACAAUUGGAAGCAAAAUGAAACUUAACAACUCUGAAUAACAGCUAAUAGAUGCGUUACAAGAGUGUCACAAGAGUGUCACAAAAGUGUCACAAGAGUGUCAAAACAGUGUCACAAGAGUGUUACAACAAUGUCACACUUUGAAAUCUUCGCAAAUGUGUAAUUAAUGUUUAGCACUUGUAUUCAGACAUUAUAAAACUGGUUAAAUGUGUGGUAUGCUUAAGCUUUACAGCUAAAGUUAUACGGACGGUUCCCGUAUUGAUAAACUCCUCCUUUUAGCUUUGUUACAGAUCGAGAUGCUUGUGGAAAUGUUUACUGACACGUGAAAGGUAUUAACCAAUCAGCUUCCAGCAUUGACCAAUCGAAUCCCAGAAUCACUGUCACGUGUCAAAGCAAAUACAACCCCCACUAGUAUCCAGAUCUAUUAUAGUAUUAGCUAACCCGUUAUGUGUGUGGUUUUACAAUUUAUUGACAAUAUCAAUAUACUAGUGGCAGGAUUAUGUGUAUACUAGUGGCAGGAUUAUGUGUAUACUAGUGGCAGGAUUAUGUGUAUACUAGUGGCAGGAUUAUGUGUAUACCAGUGGCAGGAUUAUGUGUAUACUAGUGGCAGGAUUAUGUGUAUACUAGUGGCAUGAUUGUUUGUAUACUAGUGGCAGGAUUAUGUGUAUACCAGUGGCAGGAUUAUGUGUAUACUAGUGGCAGGAUUAUGUGUAUUGUGUGUAUACUUGUGGCAGGAUUAUGUGUAUACUAGUGGCAGGAUUAUGUGUAUACUAGUGUCAGGAUUAUACAGUUUAACCGCGAUAAACCGGGUUUUCCGGGGAAGAGAAUUUACCACGUGGUUUUGAUUUGCAGUAAAUGCAUGUAAAUUAUCACUAUCGGGGUAUCUGAGAAAAAGCCCGGUGAGUCGGGUUUUAACUGUUAUAGUGGACUGUAUGUGUAGACCAUGUAGAGGUCAGGGCAGGUCCGUCAGAUUUCGGGUUUUAUCCAUAAUUAGAGAAAAGGUCUUUACUAGAAUAUGAACUUUGAGAUUAUUAUCGGCUAACAAACAGUCAGUUUGAAAUUAAAGCAUUUUUGAUCAAUCUGUUUCAAGUGACUUAUCUUUGGGUCGAUAAUACGGAUUUAAGAAUUUCAAUUAACGGAUGUUGGUUGCUGAGGGCUAAUAUCGAUAUUUAAACAGAGAUUAUUUGUUAUUUGACUCAGGUUGUUCAUUGAAUAACUUUCUAGUUUUGGUUAUUCUAUGGGGAUUAUGUGAAGGUUAUUAGAUUGAUUAUUUAACCAAUUAAUUAUUUAACUAAUUCAUUUAUUAUGUAAUUAAUUGAUUGCAGCUGUAAAUUCACCUAUCAAAUAUCACACAUUAAAACCAUAUGUGAAAAUCCCAUAACGAUUACAGUCAAACUGUGUAGAAUAAAAUAAAAUAAAUAAUAAUAUGUAACUAUUUGUGAUUAUUUGUGAUGUUAUGUGUGUAUAUAAGAGGUUUAACAUAAUUAUAAUAUUUCCCAACAUUUCCUGAC